UAAUUAUUCGGUUAGCCCGAAAUCCUUUCCAAGAACAACAGCUGAUGUGAUAUUAACUAUAGGUUCAAUCAAUGCAUUUUUAAAAGUAUUUAACAUGACAAAUACUGCUAGCUCAUUGACAUUAAGAAUUCGAACAAACACUGGUGUUCAUCCAUUACCAUUACUUUUAGCAUCACAAAAUGUUUUAGAUUUAAAGAAAAAUAUAUCAGAUUUAACAGGGUACCCUGUAGAUAGUUUCAAUAUCAUGAAAGGUUACCCACCUAAACUAUUGGAUUACAUCGACGAUUCUCAACGCCUAUCUGAAUUAAUUUUAUCUUCUGGAGAUCUUUUGCUCGUGCAACAGCAGCUGACCAAUAAUCAAUCGAAGCUCUCUGAACCAAAUGCUGACAUUAAAGAUGUCAUGAAGAGCAAUCUUCAAAACGCUAAUACUGCCGAAGUACAACAACAAGGUAUACUUAUGAAAAGGGUCGUUCCGGCAGACAAUUCUUGCCUGUUUACCAGCAUUAACUUUUUGCUCAACAAUGGUAAAAUGGAUCUUUCCCCCGCUCUGGUGGCCAAGUACAGGACUAUCGUCAGCAACGCGGUUCUUUUAUUCGAAAAUCCGGAUGACAAAAUAUUUAAACCUAAGAGCGGUUCCUCGUUACUAUUCGAAAACACCCCCUAUGAUCUUGAAGACUUUUUGUAUUUGAAGGACCUUUUGACGCCAGCGAUACUGGGGAAACCUAAUAGUGAAUACGCUAGAUGGAUACUCUCACACCAGUCCUGGGGCGGGGCCGUCGAGAUAGCCCUACUCUCCCGCCAUUUCCGGGUCGAAAUAACCGUCGUCGAUAUUCGCAAUUGUCGCUUGGAACGGUUCGGCCAGGAAGCCGGUUACACCGAAAGGAUACUCCUCCUUUACGACGGAAUACAUUACGACCCGCUUGUCAUGGAAUGCCAAACCUUUCGCCUCCCCGAGCAGGCUCCAAACAAUUUACUAAAUAUCCAUGAUAAAGAGCCUAUAACAAUCGUGAAAACGAAAUUCCCGACUACGCCUCAGUACGAAUUCGUGCUCGAUCAAGCCCUCGAGAUAGCGGAUCAAGCCAAAAACGCGCGUCAGUUUACUUCCGUUUCGAAUUUCACUCUUAAAUGUUACGAUUGCAACGCUUUGUUGGUAGGGGAAACUCAGGCUAGCAGUCACGCUCAGGCCACUGGUCAUUUGAGAUUCGGCGAGAUUGAUAAAAAAACAUGAUUUGCAACAUUUUUUGUUUGGCGUGUAGCAUUUAGCGAAGGAAAAAAAAUUGGCAAAAAAUAACUAAAAUUCAGAUUAAUACAGAUAUAUGGAAAAAGCCAAAAUAUGGAUACUAAUUUUUUUUUGUAAAGAAAAAUAAUAUUUUUUCAUUAUUUAUUAAUUAUGAAAUGUAUGUUAAUAUAAAAAUGCAAUUUUAAUCUUGUAAUUUAUGUGACUUUUCGACUAGAGAUUAUUG